AUGGGAAAGAAGUUUAACGCAGACGGAAGUGUAAGACCGUUUGCGGGCAACACAAUUGUCUGCCAUUUGCCGCAACAAGGUCCUCAGCGAGCUGUUUUCAAGGAUGUAUUGGAGUUCUACAAGGCCUUUCCAGGUCUACCUUACAAGGGGAAGAUCACCAUGUUGCCAGCUUCCACGCUUCACGUGACUCUUUUUGAUGUUUUGCACGAAUUCAAGCGUGACUCGGAAUAUUGGCCAAAGGAAUUGGCAAACGAUGUCUCCAUGGAUGAGUGCAACCAGUGGAUGGUGAGCAAGCUUAAAGAGAAGAACAUCAAGGUAGAUCUGCCAAUUCGACUACUUGUGGACUCAACAUAUACUGAGCAGACCAGCCAUGGUGGUUGGGACACGUGGAAGCUUCAAUUGGUUCCUUUAGACCAAGAUGAAGAGGUCAAGAUUAGGAAUGUUCGGCAAGAGAUCGCGGGAGCUCUUGGAAUCCCCGAGCCCAAAAACACCGUUUUUCACGUUACAGUUGCUUACAUCAACGAGGACCUCACCGCCGAGGAAUCUGCGUUGUUGAAGAGUUAUUCAGACAAAUUUCACCAUGAGGGUCGCAAGGUGUUGGAGCUUGGGUGUCCAGAGGUAUGCUCUUUCCCGGAUAUGUUUUACAUGGAGAGAAUCUGUUUCCUGGGAGAAUGA